AUGGCUACAAAACAUUUGAGACGAGACCAAAAUGGACAAAUAUCAAAUGGGUACAACUGGUUCCAAGUGUUGCAAGUGAUACAACGUUGUAUUGAAGUAGUAGCAGUACGACGACUACUUCAAGAGAUUGAUACAUUCCACCCGACCAUUCGAGAGGACUUGCAAUUGACGAUGGAAAUUGACCCUGCAGUAUUGAUCAGGCCGUCCAAGUGUUGGUGGAAACGAUAUCUUCUCGUGAUAGAAAUACUGCGUAGCGUCCAUGUACUUGCUACAACAUAUAUUUGGAAAACUAUUGCAACGACUGCUGGUGUAGUAGUAGUGGCCAUGGAAGCUAUGGUUAUUACGGAACGAGGGAUGGAGGAAGUGGAUCUACUGCAUAUGCUAGGGUGGAUUGUCAGGGUCACUGCAUUCGUGCUGCUGGGGCUAGAGCUCGCAGUCCGAUUGCUACUGUCUUUGUACAAGUGGCGUUCGAGACGAUUGAUUGGAUCGCUACGUGCUUUCAUAGCUACAUUGGAAGCAUAUGACAAAGUUUUUGCAGGUAGUUUGAUGCUAAUAAAGCGUGCAGAGCUGGCCAGUCGUGGAUAUCGUCUUGAUACUGGUUUGCUGCCGCCAAUCGGCAGGUUGGAAACGACUAGCAAUGCAGGAAAUGGUGGUGAUGGCGCUAGUGUAAAGAGUACUGCGACAACUGCUGUACAGAAUCAAUUACGUUGUUUGCCGCUGCGGAGAAAGCUAAGAGCUGUCAAUGAGCAGCUGCAGAUACGAGCCUCAAUUCUACUAAAGGAAGGCGAGUACACAAGACACAUCAAGAUUCAAGACAGUGUAGAGGAAGAAACAACGGUAUCCGAACAGGCUCCUUCAUUGCUGCUGACGGCGCUGACGAAGCAACACAAUCAGUCUACCUUGCUGCUGGAAAACGCGGUGCACAGUGUACUCGUGCAAAAGUUGGCACAUGCUUGUUCGUAUCGCGGUAAUGUAAGGGACUGGAGCCUCUUUCGCAUGUUAGGCUCAUAUCGGCUAACAGUUGAGCAUUUGGUGAAAGAAUUGCGCACGUGGAUGGAUGAUCUCGAGGUUUGGAACUCUACUCGAGAUCCUAUGGUAUUGCUUGCCUGUGCCCGAAAUACAAAGUCGUCAGACUAUCAUGAAGAGAAGAAGCACGUAUCGUUUUCAACUGAAAAAGGUGUUUGCCUGAAAGGCGUCGCGUCACAACUGCACGAGCUGCGGUCAGCGAGCGAGACACUCACAGCAUUGAUAGUCGCGGCACAAUAUGAGCUUUUAUCCGCAGACUCAGCGGUAGAAAGACUAGCUAACUUGCAUGAUGUGAUGCACUCUAAGAUUGAUCAGUUACAUGAUGCGUGGAGCAGUUAUGGCAAUGCGUUGAGCGCAUUGACUGGUAGAGAAGACAUUUCUAAGGGUGCUAAUGGCGAUGUCCCAAGCGAAAAUGAAGUGCAGCGUAACUCAGAGCCGAUCGCUGCGUUGGAGUAUCCAUCAUUUGCAGUUUCCGAAGACCCCGACUGCACUGUUGUAUUCACAGGAACGAGCACAGGCGAUGAAGGUUUCGAUUUGCAAGCGCUGUUAAAGCAACAAGAACGAGACGCUUCAGCAACGCUCUCCGGCCCAACACCACGUUUUAUCCGCGAGCUGCAAGAUGUGCUAGCACAUCGUCAAGCGCACGCCUACUCAGAACUCACGAAACAAGUUGACCAUGAUCAGCCCUUGAAUCAAGCAGCAGCAUCACCACGUCUUCCUGCAGCUAAUGCCAUGUUUGCACUGCCUGGUGUCCCACGAUCUCGUCAACCACCUUCCGUUUCACCACGGGUUGAUGCGCAGUUGGAGGCUACAGCUGGUGCCUUUAACCUGGAGCUUCAAUCAUUGCUUCAGCGAUCUCAGAGAUUACAGCCUGACGUUAUCGAGUUUCGGAGCGAUAGAGGUGAGCAUGCUGUAAUUGAUGCAGAAUGUGGUGAACUGGUCGCACCUUCAAGCAGAAGUCAAGAGCAACACUGA